AUGGAAGCAGUCGGCGGGGCCGCUGCCAUCUUGCAGCUGAUCGAUGUGGCACUCAAGACCACCAUCCAAGUAUACAAGAUCUACGCAGAUUUCAGAGAUGCCAAAGACACCCAUAAAAGAUUGGCGAGGGAGAUGCGCGACCUCGUUCGCGUCCUUCAGCAGCUACUGGAUGUAGUCCUAGACAGCGAUCCCGAUAAACCGAAAUCUGGACAUGCAGAAGCUCUGCGGGAGAUGUUGGAAGGAGAAGACAGCAUUGUGGCGUGUUGCCAAAAGGAUGUUAUCGAAGUCUCCAAUCUCCUAGGAGAGAUCCCGUCAGCGUCAUGGCCAAUACGGAAGAGGAAGAUUGACCGAAUUCUCUCCAAUAUUGCAUCAACUCGGGCACAACUUGGCCUUGCUGUUCAGACACAGUCAAUGGCUGUUGUGUUAGACAUCCGUCGCACGCUGGAUAGACAUGAAUCCUACAUGAGACAACACGUUGAGUCCGAGUCGAACAAGGCGAUUUUUGGUUGGUUGAAUCCACCCGACGUCUGGGAAAGCCUGAAAAAUGCGCUGCAAAAACGACAGCCAGGUACCGGCGAAUGGCUAACGAAGACGCCCGAAUUCGAGUACUGGAAAAGAAAUCCGGGUAGCCUUUGGUUGUCCGGCAUGCCAGGAGCCGGAAAGACCAUCAUGAGCUCGACCAUAGUGACGUUUAUGCUGAGCGAAGCUCAAACAUCUGCGUCGGCUGUUGUCUACUCGUACUUCGAUUUCUCGAAUGAGUCGCAACAAGAAGCUCAAUCGUUUCUCCGGACAUGCAUCGCCCAACUUGCAGCAAAGAACCCUGCGGCUUACGAUAUUCUUGUCGGCCUCCGCAAUCGAUGCUCGGAAGCCCAAGGUCAACAGCCCAGACUUGAAGAGCUUCUUGCAGCAACAUUAGCAGCCCUGGGGUGCUUUUCCCAAGCGUUUGUUGUAGUCGAUGCGCUGGAUGAGUGUUCAGAACAUGGAAAGUUGCUGAACAUAGUCAAAGAGCUCCAGUCCGUACGCAAUCUUCACCUGGUCCUCCUGAGUCGCCCAGAACAGGAAAUCGAAAAGGCACUAUCAUCUUCCGCGAAAGAGUUGCCAUUGCGGGGCGCUGAGGUUGACCAAGAUAUUGCGGCCUACAUCCAAGAAAGAAUCCACCGUUCAGGUGAAAUGCAAGAAUGGACUGGGGAAGACAGGGAAAAAGUCGAGGCCCAGCUAACUGAAAUGGCCGGUGGGAUGUUCCGUUGGGUUCAAUGCCAGUUGGACUCUUUGGAGAAGUGCAUUGAUUCUAAUCAAGUUGACGAGACUCUAGCCUCUUUACCGCCCGACCUGCCGUCAACAUAUGAAAGAAUACUAGUUAAUCUGGAUGUCAAGUCGGCGGCGCGAGUUCGAGACGUCAUGGUAGCACUGGCCUUUGCUCGAAGACCUCUGCAGGUUGGCGAAGUCAUGGAUAUUGUCAGUAUAUCCAUCACCGACUACCCUCGAGCGAAGAAGAGUGGAAACACAGUCUACCUGAACCAGCUGCUGUCUCUCUGCUCCAGCAUGGUAUCGAUCUCCACGAGUGGAAGUGGCGAGAAGAAAAAGCAAGAAAUGCGGCUGGCGCAUGCCUCGGUCAAGGACUAUCUAGUCUCCAAACAGCUACGCAGCGGACCAGCAUCUGCAUUCUACACAACACCUAGCCAAGGACACCUCCUCAUGGCCGCCAAGAGUAUUGCAUGCCUGCUGAAUCAGAACGACGUCAGCGACUUUGGACCACAUACCUUGGAAGAGGUUCCAUUUCUACUGUACUCUGCUCUGAACUGGGUCCAUCACGCGAGGGAUGCGAAUCUGGAGACCAACCGUGGCAGCCUUGACGACUUGAUUUUUGCCUUGUUUCAUCGUGAUGGGGACGCUUACAUCAAUUGGCACCGCGUGACAGGCCGACAUGGGCCUGCAACACCAGUGGAGGGCUACGCGUGGGACAUACACAUUAGAGACGGCAGUAAACUGAUUGACGGCGGUCGACCAUGCCCCAAGGAACGACUGCUAAACGGCCACCAGAUUGAUCGUCCGCUCCACCACGCACUACAAUGGAACCUUUGGCGCGUCGUUCAGCGUCUUCUUGAUGCUGGCCAUGAUCCCAACGGUUACAGUAAAGGGAAUCGUGCUCCACUUCACUAUGGGGUACUUCAACGGGCUCUGGAGUCAAUGGAUCUUAUCCUUCAUCGGGGCGGGAAUGUUGACAUCGGUGACUGGAUUGGCGACACACCAGCCAUGUUCUGCGCUUACAAGGCUAAAGAUCCAGUGACGAUGGAGUGGUUGAUGGACCACGGCGCAAGUCUUUUCCCCGUCAGCAGGAGGUCCGGCAAUCUCUUGCAAUGCGCAGCUAUGGAGGGUGAUCCGGAUGUGUUGGAAGUGAUCUUGCGGAAAAAGCCGCUCAACGUAUCUCCGGACAUUGGAGUUGAUCACAAUUAUAACGAGAUCGCCGACCUUGCCACGCCACUUCAAUGUGCAGCGUAUGCGGGUAACUUGGCAUGCAUCGAGCUUUUGCUGAAGUACGGUGCCAACGUUAACUUGGCUAAAGGCAAAGUUGGGACAGCUCUUCAUGCUGCAGGUGCUUCGGGAAAUUUGGAGGCCUUUCAACUCCUGUUGGAGAGGGGUGCGGAUCCGAACGUCGUCAAUGGCCAAUACGGUAGUGUUCUUUGGGCUGCUGCGUAUGGUGGCGACCGUGAAUGCGUCCGCAUUUGUUUACAGCGGGGACUGUCCAUCGAUGAGUUGAGAACCAUCCGCCUCUUUCCCGAGAAGAAAUGGCUGGAUCUUUUUGACGAUGAAAGAGACAAGCUCAUGUCUGACAUCAUCAGAAAUGCAGGCGAUCGCUACUGCCGAGACAUCUUUGACGCUGCCCGUUCGGGGAUGACUUCGCGUGUCAAAGCAUAUCUCGAUGGCGCCGAGGACCGUAAGGCUGAACUGGAAAAGAAGCAUGAAAUACAUAUGCGAACGCCACUGAGCUGGGCGGCGGCUGGGGGUCAUAUCGAAACGGUGAAGUACUUGGCCAUGGAGGGCGCAAAUCUUAACGUAUGGGGAAGAGGCCUCGAGACGCCACUCGAAUUUGGCUGCCUUGCUGGUCGCUUGGAUAUGGUUAAGUGCUUGUUGGCUUUAGGGGCCAGAGCCGAGUUUCGGCAGGCGGGCAAAUAUCGAACAGCUGUAGUGUGUGCUGAGAUGAGUGGCAACAAGGAGCUGGUCGAGUUUUUGAAGGCAUUGGAGGAGGAUCGGACCGUGACGUUCGAGUUCGAGGGGCAGACCUAUGAGCAUGAUGGCGAUAAGGGUUACAAGCGAAAGCAGUAA